CUCAUAACCAUCAUCCAUGGCUUCUCCACCACCACUCCUCUUCCUUGUCCCCGUCCUCGUCCUCGUCCUCAUCUCCUCCGCCUCCGCAAUAACCUACCCGAAAGAAGCCCUCCCCACCAAAUCCGGCUACCUAACCGUUAACUCCACCACCGGCUCCGCCAUCUUUUACACAUACUAUGAAUCUCAAUCCCCUCCCAAAAACACACCAAAUUCUCAAACCCCGAUCUUGAUCUGGCUCCAAGGCGGGCCCGGGUGCUCCUCAAUGCUCGCAAACUACUUCGAAUUGGGCCCAUGGCUCGUAAACCAACAAGUAAAGCUCGACUCAAAUCCAAAUUCUUGGAACAAACAAUUUGGCCUACUUUUCCUCGAUAACCCCAUCGGCACGGGUUUCAGUAUCGCUGCCACACCCGAUGAAAUACCCCGCGACCAAAAUUCCGUUGCUAAUCACCUUUACAUCGCUAUCACAAAAUUCAUAUCCCUCGACAAGUCGUUCAAAACCCGGCCCAUCUACAUCACCGGCGAGAGCUACGCCGGCAAAUAUCUGCCGGCGCUUGGCUACUACAUCUUGAAAAAAAAUGCAAUCUCGUCUUACGAAAAGAGGAUCAAUCUGGCAGGUGUGGCCAUUGGAAACGGCCUAACCGACCCGGAAAUCCAAGUCCAAGACCACGCGAUCACAGCCUUCCAUUUGGGCCUGAUCAACGAAAAGCAAAAGGCCCAAUUAGAAAAAUUACAACUAAAAACCGUCGCUUUCAUAAAGAGACGGAAAUGGAGCGACGCUUCUGACGCAAGAGCAGAUGUGCUGGCGACGCUGACAAACAUGUCUGGCCUCGCCACGCUCUACGACGUCAGGAAGCUGGCCCCGUACCCCAACAACGUGCUGGUCAGCUUCCUGAACGACGAGGGUGUGAAGCGGGCCCUACACGUCCCGGGCAACAUCACUUUCUCCAAAUGCAGCACGGCGGUGGCGGAUGCGAUGCAGGAGGACAUAAUGAAGAGCGUGAGGCCGAUGGUGGAGUGGCUGGUGAAGAGGACGAGGGUGCUCCUGUAUCAGGGGCAGACGGAUUUGAGGGACGGGCCCACGUCGACGGCGGCGUGGGUGAGGGAGAUGAGGUGGGAGGGGAUUGGGGGGUAUUUGGGGGCGGAGAAGGAGGUGUGGAGGGUGGGUGGGUUGCUGGCGGGGUAUGUGCAGAGGUGGGAGAGGUUUAGCAAUGUGGUGGUGUUGAAUGCUGGCCAUCUUGUGCCUACUGAUCAGCCUUUGAAUUCUCAAAUUAUGAUGCAAGAUUGGGUGUUGGAGAAGGGCUUGUUUGGUGGUGGUGGAAAAGUGUGAGAUGGUCUAGUUGGUGGAGUGACGAUCUCGUGAUUGAAUUGGCAUUGGUAUUGGAAAAUUAAGGUAGAUUUUAUGGGAUUUUUGUGAUGUGAAAUGGUGUUUUACUAUCUUGGGAUGGAUUUGCAAUUGGUGGCUUAGAGUUUGUUAUGAUCAUGAUUCAUGAUUAAGCUUUGGAUGAAUUAAUAUUUUGGUUUGUGUACCAUUUUGAUGUGGGGAUCCAUAAUAUUUAAAUAUCCCACAGCUUCGCAUAUAUCUAUUAAGUAUGAAUUAAUUUUA